AUGUUUUUAUUUUUAAUUUUAUAUAUAUCUGUAGCAAAAGAUAGUCAUUAUUUGGGAUCCAUAAAACAUACACUUUAACCUAAUUAAACAUUUGAGCAUCAAUUCUUUGACGUGAAUUAAAUUAGAUCCCUUGAUUUGUACUUCCCUGAUCCUCCCUAUAGAAUGAUUAAUGAUGAGGAUAUGAAUUGCUAUUGGUCCAAUCAAGCUAUAGGACUUAAACCAGUGCAAACAAUUGAGAUGAGUGUAACGAAUUCGUUAGAUUCAGAUAUAGUAUGUUUUGAUGAGUGCUUUAUAAGAUAAGGAUAAGUAAUAUAUACAACCAAGAAUUAAACAAUUGAUCUCCAAUACUAGAAUUUAAAGUUGUUGGUAUUGUCUUCUGAAGGAUAAAUAAUCUAUUAUAAUGAAAAGAGUAUUAGUGUAUUUGAUACUAUCAAUAUGAAAAUAAUGAAUGAAAAUUUGUCAGCUGAUUUUACAUCUAAAUUAAAGCAGAGUUUGAUGGGUUAUUAGCAUAUGUCAACUAAAAUAGUUUAUUUGUGUUUAGAAAAUGGAGUAUUCGCAUAUAAUGAUGAAUAUUUUAUAAUCCAUUAAUAUGGGAAUGGAUGCAAAUAAAUUAUAUUGCAGGAUGAUAAUUUGUUUAUUGUUGCCGAUGGAAUCUCUAUUUAUGACAUUAGUGAUCCUUUUGAACCUAUUCAUUUGUAUCAAUUUAAUAUAAGUGGCCAUUACGUUGACAUUUAUCAAGAUUAUUUGGCAGUAUUGGAAUUGUUGAAUUAAUAGAGAGGUAAAUUGAGUUUAUUUAAAUUCAAUUUUCAAUAUGGAUUAAACGAGGUAGUAAACAUAACACAGGAAUCAGAAGGGACAAUUCAAUUGGAAUCAUAGGAUAUCAGAUUUGGGUUAUUAAACAAAGACAUUGCUAUUAUAAUCAAUAAAGAGUAAGUCAAUAUGAUCACACUACAAACUAAUUUUCAUUAAAAAUAUAGACACAACAGUGGUUUGGGAUAAGCACAACACUUCUUAGAUCCAGAGAAUAAGAUAUUCAUUAGAGACUCACAAAUAAUCCAAGUGAGCAAUAAUAGCUUAAUCUUUUAUAACACAACCAGUCAGAGUUAUAAUUUGGUUUGCAAUGCUCCUGUCGAGAAUAAAUUGAGAAAACAUCUUUUCUUUGGCAUUAUUAGAAGUGAAGAGAAAUGCAAGAGUUCUAAAAAAAUAGAUGAGAGAUUCAAGGAGAUUCUAUCUAGAGAGAAACCAGAUCCAAAAAUACAAUGUUAUUAUACUUUCUAAUUGAGUCUGAGUAUCAUACCAUUGUAAGCACAUUGGUCUUUGCAAUCAAAAAUUCUCUUGUGUAUAUUCUUAUUUUUACUUAUCUUGCUAAUACUCCAACAAUUCAGAAAUCAAUAGGAAAAAUAAACUCUAAAUAAUUUAUAAAAGUUUGAAUAAUUGAACAAUAUCAACUUACAGAAACAAAAAAUACGCAUAACUCAUGAUGAUGAUGAAUAAAACAAUAAUAAAAUUGAUUUGUAUUGA